AUGGAAGAAACUCCGGCUGGGAACAUAAGCAUACACGUGGGUCAGAAUUCCGAUGCUGCUACUAUUGAUGGACCUGUGGAAAUUGAUCUCACUAACUAUGCUUCUGGUUAUUCUGGUUUCAUAAAGUACCAAAGGCUUCUCUUUAUUGCUCAACGGUGUCCUGCAUUAAAGAAUAAGGCUUUAAAUUUGGCUCAUGAUUAUAUUAAGGCCCAGACCUUAGAUAUAACUUCGUAUGAGCAUAUUUUUGGAGUUCUCAAGAAUCCAGAGGACCUUGGGGCUGGUGAUAAUCCGAUCGGACUAGAACAACUAAAUCGUUGCAACUCCGACUUACGUAGUGAUUCCGAUCAUCCCCCCGCGCAAUCAUCGUCGAUGGAUGUUGAUCAUGCUCAACCUGGAGAGGACGAGACAGGCCUUGUUUACGAUCCUAAUUGGGUGGAAAAAACAUGCUCACGUGUAAUGCGACAUCGUGAAGAACUGGAAACCGAACUAAAAAACUACAAAGCGAACUCCAUUAAGGAGUGCAUACGAAAAGGUUAUAUCGAGCUUGGUGACUUCUGUUUGAAAAUCGGUGAGCUGGGAAACGCCCUAAAGUACUAUACUCGCUCUCGUGAUUACUGUACUUCACGUCAACAGGACCUUAAAUCGUGUCUCAGCAUAAUUAAGGUUGCUGUCUACCAAGGAGCAUGGUCACAUGUAAGUGCCUAUGUUACGCUUGCUGAAAAUAUCUGCGAGAGUCAAGAAAACGAAUCUAUGCCAAAGGACACUGGCUCUCAGUGCUUAGGAAGUCAUAGUGCGUGGUCCGGUAAUUUCGAUGCGUCGUCUCGGAAUGUUGAUCUGCGUCCAGUGUCAGAAGUCGCGCGCACUGAACUAGCUAUUGCCGCGGGUCUGGCCAAACUAAUAUCCUCGAGCUUCCAUGAGGCGGCUACACACUUUUUGCAGGCUAAUUGCGAACCAGACGAUUCAAAUUCUGAGAAGGCGGCGCCCCUUGUUACCGCUUCAGAUUUGGCCUUCUAUGUCACCCUGUGCUCUUUGGCUGCUUUUGAUCGUACCGAGUUGCGCUCUCGCGUUUUGAACAGUCCUUCAUUCAGGCUUGUUCUUGAAUCUGAGGUGCAUUGUCGUGAUCUCCUUAUGGCUUUUCAUUCGGCAGACUAUGCCAACUGCCUAAAUUCACUAGCAAAGGUUAAGAAUCUCCUCAAGCUGGAUAUUUUUCUUGCGGACCGCGUUAAUUCGCUUUACGAGCAAAUUCGUGUAAAGGCACUGUGCCAAUACUUUACUCCCUAUAUAUCCGCUGACUUAAAUAUGAUGGCAGCGGCGUUUGGCACCACGGUGACGGACCUCGAAAAUGAGCUGGCUAUUCUCAUACAGAAGGGUUGUAUCAAAGGUCGCAUCGACUCCCACAAACAGCUCCUUUGUGCGUUAUCGGUGGACCAACGAUGCCAGACCUUCGCCACUGCCCUGCAACUCAUUGACGAAUGUCAUCGGCGUUGUCAGGCUGCUAUUUUGCGCUCAAAUCUUAUGCGCCACGGCUACAUGCGUGGUUGGUCUUUGCUGUGGCAGUAUGAUCAUCGGUUUGAAUAUCCGGGAUUGAUGGUCUCCAAAGCAGGCAACACAUGAGGUCACGCCUCUUACCGAAUCAUCGAUUUGUCAGUCAUCUGUACUUGUGAAAGCCUUUCCUCAUAUUUUACUAUUCAACUGCUAGACUUACUUGUGGCACUUUUUGCUACGUUUGGUUGUUUCUCAAUUUCGUGUGCUGCAGUAAGGUGUAUAACCUAGACUGAAAGCCAAAGCUAGGAGAUAGGAUUUGCGAAAUAAUCUUAGCAAAUUUGGCCAUCUAAGCAGACGUAAGCAUAUUUGGCCAG